AUGAAAAAUCAUUUAUUGAAGCAGCUAUUUGGGAUAAAAUAUCCUAUUAUAUAGGCACCUAUGGCAGGUGGAAUAACUAACCCUAAUUUAGUAAGUUCUGUUUGCAACUCUGAUGCUUUAGGUUUUCUUGCCUCUGGUUAUGUCUCAGCUUCAGUUUUAGAAAAAUAAAUAAUUGAAACAAAAUAAAAAACUAAAUAACCUUUUGGAAUCAAUAUUUUUUUAUCUUAAACUAUCCAAAACUUACAAGCAAAAAAAUAAUCAACCUUAAUUAACCUUGAGAUGUAAGCUGGUUUGUAAAAUUCAUAAAAAUAAAUUAAUGUUUCAUUAAAUGAGGAAAUUGAGCAAAAAAUUGAGCUUGCUGUUAGGUAUUGUAUUCCAAUUAUCAGCUUUACGUUUGGGAUACCUGAUUAAAAGCUUGUUUAAUAUAUGCACUCAAAAGGUAUUCAUGUAAUUGGUACAGCUACUAAUAUCUAAGAAGCCUUGGAGAUUGAGAGGGCUAAUCUAGAUUCUGUUGUCUUAUAAGGGAGUGAAGCUGGUGGACACAGAGGUUCUUUCAUAAUUUAAGAUUAAUCAGAUGAAGUAGGGCUCAUGAGUUUACUAUAAGUUGCAAAGUAAAAGCUUAAAAUACCUUAUUUUGCUGCAGGUGGUAUUGCUACUGGGGAAGGGUUACUGUCAUGCAGAAUUCUUGGAGCUUAAGCAGCUUUUAUAGGCACUGCAUUUUUAGUGUCUCAGGAGAGUAGUGCUUCUAGAGCCUACAAAGAUGCCUUAUUAAGGUCACAAGGAAAGUAAACAGUAAUCACUGAAGUAAUUUCUGGGAAAAAAGCAAGAGGUGUAAAAAAUCAGUUAAUAGAAUAAAUGAAUAAAAGUGCUUCUAUGGGAGAACCAAUACAACCAUACCCUAUACAAAACGCUUUGUCGAAAGAUAUUAGAGCAUAUAGUAAUUAAGCUGGAAAUUCUGAAUAUUUAUCAUUAUGGAGUGGCUAAUCUCUAGAAUGCAUUCAAGAAAAAUCAGUCACAGAUAUUUUAUAAAAAAUAAUUAAAGAAUAUGAAGAAUCUCUCUAGAAUAUUUAAAAUUUAAGCUUAUAGUGA